AUGGGUUUGCCCCGCGAUCGCACCUUCAUCCUCCAUGACGGUGCAGCACAUUUGUUGGGGUGUUCGCGCUGCAUGGUGCCUCCCCCUCGUCUCGCGUGUUUUUCCGUAGGCACUGGUGUGGGCUUCGGCAUCUCCGAUGAGGAAGGUGCUGUGGUGGAUCCUUCUUCAACGACAGGCGCCCGGAGCCACUUCCUCAACGGGGUCCCCUUGUCCGGUGCCAGGCACUGGGACGACAGUGGUAAGGCCUUGGAUCCCGAGUCGGGCCAUCCAGGGCCGACUGGGGACCUUUUGCUGGAAGCCCUUCGUGACGACCUGGCCAGCUAUCGCGGCCUUUGGCGCGACUGGGUGGCUCGCACCGAGCAUGUGGACGACGUGGAGCAGGUGAUGCGUAAGGAGUUCGCCAACAUGGGCCGGCCCUGGAGCUUUCCCUGGGUGAGCUUGGUCCUCGGCCGUCGUGGCAUGGAGCUGGCAGAGGCGGCCUUCGGUCCGGAGAGCCCGGAUCUAUGGGAUCAAAUGGAGUGUAGGCGGAGUCUCUGGCCCAAUGGGUUUUGGAGGGCUGCCCGCCGCCCGAGCGCGGCGACGACGGAGGUGCAGGCAAGACCGGGUCACACCUCCGCGUGGGCGGGAAACCUGAAAGGAGCCGGCGGGUUUCACACCUUAGAGAUGGAUGGAAAGGCCUGCAAGACUGCAAGCUAA